GGAUUUACUGCACUGUGAAAAACAAGACCUAUCCUGUCAGUUUACUAUGGAAAGAUUUCGGCUGGCGAGGAAGUUACAUGGUCCUGAUGAAGAAGCUGUUGUGGAUCUUGGCAAAACUAGCUCAACCGUGAACACCAAGUUUGAAAAAGAAGAAUUAGAAAGUCAUCGAGCUGUAUAUGUUGGUGUUCAUGUACCAUUUAGUAAAGAGAGUCGUCGGCGUCACAAGCAUCGAGGGCACAAACAUCACCACCGGAGAAGAAAAGACAAAGACUCAGAUAAAGAAGAUGGACGGGAGUCUCCUUCUUAUGACACACCAUCACAGAGGGUGCAGUUCAUCCUCGGCACUGAAGAUGACGAUGAGGAGCACAUUCCCCACGACCUCUUCACAGAGAUGGAUGAGCUCUGCUACAGAGAUGGAGAAGAGUAUGAGUGGAAGGAGACUGCCAGGUGGCUGAAAUUUGAAGAGGAUGUUGAAGAUGGUGGUGACCGAUGGAGUAAACCCUAUGUGGCAACUCUGUCUUUGCACAGUCUCUUUGAACUGAGGAGUUGUAUCCUAAAUGGAACAGUCAUGCUGGAUAUGAGAGCAAGCACUCUUGAUGAAAUAGCAGAUAUGGUGUUAGACAACAUGAUAGCAUCUGGCCAGUUAGAUGACUCCAUAAGGGAGAAUGUCCGAGAAGCUCUUCUGAAGAGACAUCAUCAUCAAAAUGAGAAAAGGUUUACGAGUCGGAUUCCCCUGGUUCGAUCUUUUGCAGAUAUAGGCAAGAAACAUUCUGAUCCUCACUUGCUUGAAAGGAAUGGGGAAGGCCUGUCAGCCUCCCGCCAUUCUUUGCGAACAGGUCUGUCUGCCUCAAACCUUUCCUUGAGAGGAGAAUCGCCUUUAUCCCUUCUUCUCAGUCACCUUCUUCCUUCUUCAAGAGCUGGCACCCCUGCAGGCUCAAGGUGUACCACCCCAGUACCCACUCCCCAGAACAGUCCUCCUUCCAGCCCCGGCUUAAGUCGCUUGGUCUCCAGAAGUUCCCAACAGACUCAGCCUCAGGCCCCAGAAGUACUGGUAUCACCUGACAGGGAUGAUAUUCCCAGAGUAGUAAUUCAUCCGCCUGAGGAAGAUAUAGAAGCACUCAAAGGCCAAGAGCAGAAGAAUGAGGAAAAUACUGACUUCACUCCAGGGAUUUUGGCCUCUCCACAGUCUGCUCCUGGAAACUUGGACAAUAGUAAAAGUGGUGAAAUGAAAGGUAACGGAAGUGGAGGAAGCAGAGAAAAUAGUACUGUCGACUUUAGCAAGGUUGACAUGAAUUUCAUGAGGAAAAUUCCUACAGGAGCUGAGGCGUCCAAUGUGUUGGUAGGAGAAGUGGACUUUUUGGAGAGACCUAUCAUUGCGUUUGUGAGACUGGCUCCUGCAGUUCUCCUCUCAGGGUUGACGGAGGUCCCUGUGCCUACAAGGUUUUUGUUUCUGUUACUGGGCCCAGCAGGGAAGGCCCCACAAUACCAUGAAAUUGGCAGAUCCAUAGCAACUCUCAUGACAGAUGAGAUUUUUCAUGAUGUAGCUUAUAAAGCAAAAGAUCGAAAUGACCUCUUAUCUGGAAUUGACGAAUUUUUAGAUCAAGUAACUGUCCUUCCUCCAGGAGAGUGGGAUCCUUCCAUACGCAUAGAGCCACCAAAAAGUGUUCCUUCUCAGGAGAAAAGGAAGAUUCCUGUGUUUCCCAAUGGAUCUGCUCCAAUGUCUGUUGAUCCUCCUAAGGAGGCUGAUCAUCAUGCUGGGCCUGAGCUGCAGAGGACUGGACGGCUUUUUGGUGGUUUGAUACUUGACAUCAAAAGGAAAGCACCUUUUUUCUUGAGUGACUUCAAGGAUGCAUUAAGUCUGCAGUGCCUGGCCUCGAUUCUUUUCCUAUACUGUGCCUGUAUGUCUCCUGUAAUCACUUUUGGAGGGCUGCUUGGAGAAGCUACAGAAGGCAGAAUAAGUGCAAUAGAGUCUCUUUUUGGAGCAUCAUUAACUGGGAUUGCCUAUUCAUUGUUUGCUGGGCAACCUCUAACAAUACUGGGGAGCACAGGUCCAGUCCUAGUGUUUGAAAAAAUUUUAUUUAAAUUCUGUAGAGAUUAUCACCUUAACUAUCUGUCAUUAAGAACCAGUAUUGGUCUGUGGACUUCUUUCUUGUGCAUUGUAUUGGUCGCAACAGAUGCAAGCAGCCUUGUUUGUUACAUUACUCGGUUCACAGAAGAAGCUUUUGCGGCUCUCAUUUGUAUCAUAUUCAUCUAUGAAGCUUUGGAGAAACUCUUUCAUUUAGGAGAAAUAUACGCAUUUAAUAUGCACAACAACUUGGAUAAAUUGACCAGUUACACAUGUGUAUGUGCUGAGCCAUAUAACCCUAGCAACGAAACUCUAGAACUGUGGAAGAGAAAGAAUGUGACAGCAUACGGUAUUUCCUGGGGAAACCUUACUGUUUCUGAGUGUAAGACCUUCCAUGGUAUGUUUGUGGGAUCAGCUUGUGGGCCUCAUGGGCCGUAUGUUCCCGAUGUGCUCUUCUGGUGUGUCGUCUUAUUUUUCACGACGUUCUUUCUGUCUUCAUUCCUCAAGCAGUUUAAGACCAAGAGAUACUUUCCUACCAAGGUUCGAUCAACAAUCAGUGACUUUGCUGUAUUUCUCACAAUAGUAAUAAUGGUUGCAAUUGACUACCUUGUAGGAAUUCCAUCUCCUAAACUUCAUGUUCCUGAAAAGUUCGAGCCUACUGAUCCAAGUAGGGGCUGGAUCAUAAGCCCUUUGGGAGAUAACCCUUGGUGGACCUUACUAAUUGCAGCUGUUCCAGCUCUCCUUUGUACAAUUCUCAUCUUUAUGGAUCAGCAGAUCACAGCUGUAAUCAUCAACAGAAAAGAACACAAACUCAAGAAAGGAGCUGGCUAUCACCUUGACUUGCUCAUGGUUGGUGUCAUGUUGGGAGUCUGCUCUAUCAUGGGCCUGCCGUGGUUUGUGGCUGCAACAGUGUUGUCUAUAAGUCAUGUCAACAGCUUAAAAGUAGAGUCUGAAUGUUCUGCUCCGGGGGAACAGCCCAAAUUUCUGGGGAUUCGUGAACAGCGGGUUACAGGGCUGAUGAUUUUUAUCCUGAUGGGCCUCUCUGUGUUCAUGACUUCAGUAUUAAAGUUUAUCCCAAUGCCAGUUCUGUAUGGUGUUUUCCUUUAUAUGGGAGUUUCAUCAUUGAAAGGAAUUCAGUUUUUUGACCGUAUCAAGUUAUUUGGAAUGCCUGCCAAGCAUCAGCCGGACCUAAUCUACCUCCGCUAUGUCCCCCUAUGGAAGGUGCAUGUGUUCACAGUCGUCCAGCUGACCUGCCUAGUCCUGCUGUGGGUGAUCAAAGCCUCUGCUGCUGCAGUCGUUUUUCCUAUGAUGGUUCUUGCUUUAGUCUUUGUACGCAAGCUCAUGGAUCUGUGUUUCACAAAGAGAGAACUCAGUUGGCUUGAUGACCUCAUGCCAGAAAGUAAGAAAAAGAAAGAAGAUGACAAAAAGAAAAAAGAGAAAGAGGAAGCUGAGCGGAUGCUUCAGGAUGAUGGGGAUACUGUGCACCUUCCGUUCGAAAGAGGGAGUCUCCUACAGAUUCCAGUUAAAACCCUAAAAUAUAGCCCUGAAAAGCCUGUGAGUGUGACAAUAAAUUUCGAAGAUGAACCAUCAAAAAAAUACAUGGAUGCUGAAACUUCAUUGUAAAGUCAAACCAAAAGGAAUAUAUAGAGAUAUAUGCCUAUCUGUAUAUAUAUUUAUACGUAUAUAUGUAUAAAAAGCACAUGUGCCAUGCCAUUAUGUAUAACAGUACUUUGGGGCUUUUUCAAGUAGCGUCAGAUAUUUGUUGUGAGCACCAGGGAGACUGCAUUAAUGAAGUGGUCUCUUACAAACGAGGUACAUGGUUUUUUACUCCAGAUAUAUAGAUAUAUAUAUUUUAUUUUUUUUUUUUUUGGAGGGUAAAGCCUUUCUGUUAUGCAAUAGAAAGAUGUGGAGAAUUUCGUUCAGUCUGCUUUACUUAAAUCUCUGUCAGUGGCAAUCAAAUCAUAUCAACCUUAAGUGAUACAUACUUAGUCUAUAUACUUAAAAUUUGGACCUGAAUUUCAAAAGAUUUUUGUUUCCCUUUUGGUAGUGUUUAUAGGUAGAAUAAGGAGUCUGCCCAUGUGGUGGGAAAAUGACAUGUCCUGGCUUCUCUGUGGGCUUUCUUCAUGGAACUGUCUAUCAUACUUCACAGGUGAUGAACAGAGAGGUGAUCAUAAAUUAAUGGAGACUUUUUAGGAAGGAACUUUAUGUCUUAGGAGUUAUUUUUAAAGUUUAAAACUUUGAUAUCUGAGCUUCCAUUUUGAUGGAGAUGUUAAAAUUUUUUUUAUGACACUUCUAAUUUAAGACCCACAUAAGUCAUAACAUUUUCAGUUUUAAAACCUAUGAAGUGCCCAUUAUAAUGGUUAAAUUUUGUUACCUUUGUGGCAAGGCUUUUCCGGUACUCAAUACUUCCCUAGAAACCAGAGUCCCACUGUUCUUUGUCUUUGUUCUUCUUUACUUAGGUGAUCUAAUGUGUCAGGUUCAGGUAUCUUUCUGUUGUAAGUAGUAAUAAAAAGUCAGCACCCUUUCAA